UUGUGGUAAUAACCUAACAUAAAUCUUUACAGAGUAAGGAACAUUAAAUAAAGAUUUUCAUACAUAUUUUGUGUUCUAACUAAUGGCAGAUAAUAGGUAUUUUGAAGAUCAGCCGUACGAGGUAGAAAACCCAUUUAACAUCAUGAUAACGUUGUCACCAUUUGACAUAGAUUUGAGUACUACGUUAUUGGUGCCAAAAACGUUACUAGAAGCCAACUUAUUUCCUUUCUUUGAUAUAAGUUUUCUCGUCGAAUUGUUACAAGUUCGUAACAAGAUUGAAGUUUUUGACAUUGAUACUAAAAUUACAACAUUUCUUACCAUGAAAGAAGAUGGAAAUAAUUUCAAAUUUCGUGGGUGGAAUAAUAUUCUCGAACGAAAACAUUACAGGGCAGGCGAUACUCUUGCAUUUUGGUGGGAUCUCCAUCACACUAGACUUAAUUUCAAACAUGUUGCUUAGUUGAUGGAGUAGGUCUUCACAACUUCAUAUGUAUACCGGGUUUGAUCUGAG